GAAACUUAGCUGCCUGCUGGAUCAAAGGCAGCCUUGCAGUCCUGACUCAGGCCUGACGGAGCGUCGCCAGGAGGAGUGCGGAGGUUGAGGAGGCUGAGGUUUGGGUGGACAUUUCUGGGAAAUCCUCCAAAACUCACAUUUGCCAGGGUAACCCGGGAAGAGACAACGCCGCGUUUCCUGUGCACUCCCCGCGAAAGCUCCAGCGAGCCUCAGCCUGAGGCGCGUCGGUGGAAGAGAACAUAUCGGAGGAUUUAAGCAAAUUGGGCACAAAGAAACCAGCGGCUGCUGGCGAUGUGGCUUUUUAAAAAACCUUUCUGAGCCUGUUAGAGAAGUCUCGAUGCGUCCUGGAAAGGAAGCGCUCUGUGGAUGUGGCGCGUAAAGAACUUCUGCUCCUCAGGAUUUAUGUCUGAUUGAAGGAAUCAUUUUUUAUUUGGAUGUUUGGUUUACUAAACUGCAUCGGCAGAUUAUUAUGAGGCGACUCCACGCACAGGAUGUCCUCAUCUGGAAUUAAUUGAAAACAUAUUUAGUGAAGACGCAGCCAGACCGGAGCUCGUCGCUGGUUCUGCAGAGGAAAGCCUGUCUUACUCCGUUUGGUCUCUUUCCACAAUGCGGGAGUUUGUUCUCCUUUCAGCCCUGAUCUGUUUGCUCACUUGGACCGGAGCAGACAGGCAGGCCGCUCUGAAGCGGCCACAGUUCCACCGCCGCGCUCGGACGGGACGCGUCCAGCCGGGCGCAGCGAACGCGGAGCGCGUCGCGGGGCGUUUGCGCCCCGGGUUUGGGUCGGCCCUCUCCAUCUACGGCUCCAGCAGGGAGGCGGGUGUGCAGGCUGACGAGGGGGCUUUUCGGGGCAGAGGCCGGGGCUCCACCAGGAGAUCGGACUCGCCUCGCCGGUCAGACAUGCUCCAGGAUGAGGGCGCUCUGGGAUCCAGGGCGCGCGGCCGGAUGCCAAGCAGCUCCGGUUCACCCAAUCUGCUCGCCAGCUUCGCGGGGAAGAACAGAGUCCUCGUCAUCUCCGCGCCGCAUGAAUCAGACGGUUACUACAGGUUGAUGAUGUCUCUCCUCAAGCCAGACGUCUACUGCGACCUCGCAGAGAGGCACGUGCAGCAGAUUGUGAUGUUUCACCAGGAGGGAGAGAUGGGAGGCAAGGUGAGAAGAAUCAACCCGCAGGGGAAGAUAUCUGAGGAGCCUCUGGACAAGGCGCUCAUCCCCAGACUCAUGAGCUUCCUCAAACUGGAGAAGGGGAAGUUUGGGAUGGUGCUUCUGAAGAAAACCCUGCAGGUGGAGGAGAAGUACCCCUACCCUGUCAGACUGGAAGCCAUGUAUGAGGUCAUCGAUCAGUCACCCAUGAGGAAAGUCGAGAAGCUUCGCCAGAAAGGUUUCCUCCAGAAGUGUAAGGCAGCAGGUGUGGAGGGUCAGGUGGAGGAGCGAGCGCUGACAGAAAGCUCGUCCAAAACUGCUACAAACGCACCAACAACGCUGGCUCAAACCACAACUACUACAACUAAAGCUACAACGACAACCAAACCCACAACCACAACAAAAGCCACGACGACGACAAAAGCCACAACGACAACCAAACCCACAACCACAACCAAACCCACAACUACAACCAGAGCAACAACAACUACAACCAGAGCAACAACAACUACAACCAGAGCAACAACAACUACAACCAGAGCAACAACAACUACAACCAGAGCAACAACCACCACCAAAGCCACCACCACCACCAGAAGAGCCACCACCACAAAAAAACCCACAACCACAGUCACCCAAAGACCCACCAGACCACAAACCACAGCACCGUGGCCCCCAGUCCCCAGAACCUCUGCCAGCCCCCACUACUACAACCCCCGAGAAGGAUAUGCGGCCAAAACCACCCCUUCUGGAGACAACAGCAUUGACAAGGACAGAAGGGAUCCAUACAACCAGAGGCCAGGUUCUGAGACACACAAACCCUUCAAGGAUAAACUGUCUAAGAAGAACACAGCAGAGAAGUUACAGAUCCUAAUUAAAAAGUUUGAGGAAAAGCUUGAGCCCAGCAAGCCAACGUUCAGUUACCCAGAAGAGACGGAAACCCUCCCUGAUAUGCCUCCAACCAAAAAGGCCAAGAGCAGGCAUGACAAACAUGAAAAGAAGAAGAAAAAAAACAACAACAAGGCUGCCAAAAAACUUGAGAAAACAGGAGGCAAAGCUGGGAAAAUUGGAGGGAAGAAAAACGGAAAGAAGUUGGUAAAACACCCAAACAGAGAGGACUACCCAAAGCCCACAAAGAGACCAACGCCUCCUCCGAAGGGUUCUCUCCUGGACUCCUUCCUGGACUACUUUGGAAACAGAAGACGACUUCUGCUGAUCACUUCCCCCUCGGAAGACAACAGCAUCUACGUUCAGCAGAGAGACGAGUAUCUGGAGUCGGUGUGUGAGAUGGCCAUCAGGAAACUCUCCAUUAUCACCAUCUUUGGCACCAUGACCAACUCCACCAUGAAAAUCGACCAUUACCAGAUAGAAAACGACAAGCCCAUGAAAGGUCUCCGUCAGGAGGACCUGAUGAACCAAGACCUCAUAACAGAGCUACGGAAAGAGUACGGGAUGACGUAUGAUGAAUUCUACAUGGUUCUCACCGAUACUGAUAUGAGAGUUCAGCAAUCCUAUGAGGUCCCAAUCGCAAUGAAGGCUAUUUUUGACUACAUCGAUACCUUCUCCUCCCGCAUCCGUGAGAUGGAGCAGCAGAAGAAAGAUGGAGUGGUUUGUAAGAAGGAGGACAAGCCCAGAUCUCUGGAGAACUUCCUGUCUAGGUUUCGAUGGAGACGCCGCCUGCUCAUCAUCUCUGCCCCAAGCGACGAGGAUUGGUCCUAUCAGCAACAACUUUACGGUUUAAACAGGCAGGCUUGUAAUUUGGGUCUGAGGCACAUUGCUCUUCUGAGGCUGUCUGGUAAGGAGCUGCUAGACAUGGAAGGAGUCUUGGAGCUCUAUCCCAUCAAUGGGAGUGCCACCGUGGACCGUGAAGGGCUCUCGCCCACUCUGGUGAAUGACGUGCGGAACUACUUCCAGAUAAGCCCAGAAUACUUCUCCAUGCUGCUCGUCGGGAAGGAUGGCAACAUCAAGUCCUGGUACCCCACUCCCAUGUGGAUCAUGGAUAACAUUUACGACCUGGUGGACUCCAUGCAGCUGCGCAGGCAGGAGAUGGCCAUCCAGCAGUCGCUCGGCAUGCGCUGCCCAGAAGACGAGUAUGGAGGCUACGGCUACCAUCAGCACAGAUACGGACAUGAUUAUUAGGGGAGGAUCUCCCCAGCUGCCUUCAGUAUUAAACAUUCCUUCAUUUUAAA